UUUGGAUUUACCGCCAUGUUGCCUGGACGGGUCUUGUUGCUGUUUGUGUUAAUAAGUUGUGCAUAUGGACAUAACAUUAGAAAACAUGAAGAGAAGCAGCCCAACGUUGGCAUCAUAGGUGGUCACAAGAUCUCCAUCGAGUCGGUGCCGUACAUAGCGUCACUGCGGCUCAACGGCACCUUCCACUGGUGUGGAGGCUCCAUCAUUCAUGAACGGUUCAUACUGACUGCUGCUCAUUGUAUUGUGCCGAACCGAGAGUUCAAAGUCCUGGUGGGCACUGACAAAGUUGACGAAGGAGGAAAGUUGUAUGAUGUGGAAAAAAUUAUAAUACACGAACAGUAUUCCAAUGUUACUGAGGACUAUGACAUUUGCAUACUGAAAUUGAACGAAAGCUUGACUUUUGGACCGAAAGUAGCUAAAGUUGCCUUGACUGGGAACAUCGUGAAGCUGAAGAAAGGAUUGCAGCUGAAUGCUACUGGUUGGGGAUAUACGCAGCCUGAAGGCAAGAUAUCGGAGGAUCUCCAGCAGACUUCAGUACCUGUAGUGCCGUGGCUGAGUUGUCAGUUGUCAUACGGAAUUCAGAGACGUAUCACUAGGAGGAUGAUGUGUGCUGGUGGAAAAGGCAGGGAUUCUUGCUCGGGCGACAGCGGUGGACCCCUUACCUGGAAUGACGUGCAAGUUGGAAUCACCUCCUUUGGAGCUGGCUGCGGAGUCGUUCCUGGAGUCUAUACCAAAAUCUCCGUGAUGCAGCAGUGGAUUAAGGAUACGGUUGAAAAUAACCAUAAAGAGAAGAAAAUUAAGAAAGACAAGAAGAAUAAGAAACGUCUUUUGAAAAUUGCUCAUUAGUCAUUUUCGAACUAACUGAGAGUCAAUAAAGUCUACUUUCCAAUAUA